AUGUGGACUUCCACUCUCUUCAUUAUUAUUAGCACUCUCCUUUCGACAUGGCACUCUCUAGCCUCUGCGCAGGAAGUUUCCUAUGUGUCAGGCAUGGGCCGGGAUGAACAUGGCCUGGAUUCAACACCCCUCGUCGAUGGAAAUGUCCAGUUUAGUUUCGGGCAGUUCGUCAGCACCAUAGAGGCAAUCACCAACACCCUUUUCAACGGACCCAAUCGCACAAUCGACCAUGUUCUACCGGUCGACAAGAUUUAUGGUGUUAAUAUUGGUAAUUGGUUGCUCUCUGAGCCAUGGAUCUUCCCGGGAAAGUGGAUAGCCAUGGGCGGAGAAAUAUGCAACGACUGUUCAAAAUGCCGCAUGUCAGAGUGGUCACUUUCAAACUAUCUCGGUCGCAACAAAACCAAUCAAGUGUUCCAAGAACACUGGGCCAGUUGGUUGACCCAAGACGACGUGGAUGCGAUCGUGAAUGCAAAGUUGAAUACGGUUAGGAUCCCAAUCCCAUUUUGGGUGGUGGAGGAUAUCGUGGAUACUACCACUGAACCAUACGCGCAAGGGGGAUUAGAUGAGCUAAUCCGAGGUUUGGAGAUGUUCCGGAAGGCUGGAAUCUGGGUCGUCCUUGACCACCACGCCCUUCCUGGAGUUUCCGCUUCCAACCAGAUGUUCGCAGGUAAUUGCACCAAGAACGUUCAAUUCUACUCCUCUCAAGACGACUACAACUACAAGCGUGCCGUGACGUGGGCUAUUGUCAUGACGUUCCUCACUCAUCGUCAUCCUGCCUUCAAGACCGUUUUCUCCAUCGAGGCUAUCAAUGAGCCCAUCAUGAAUUACGCGCAGACUCCCGGCCUCAGCCAAUAUUACAAGGCCUUCGUUCUUGGAGUUCGACUCACUGAACUCUCCCUCGGCAUCAUUUGCGAUCGUACCCUUGCCGCAGGUGCUCUCACAAAUGACAUUGUUCUCACCGCAUUCAUCAAGGCUAUUCCGAUCAUUGCCAAGCUGGCCUGGAAGUAUAACAUCGAGGACGUCAAUUUUGACUUCUUGAACGCGCUUGUGGGUACGAGAGGCAAGGUGAAGCUGAGGGAUUUGAAAAAUUGGCUGAACAAUGGGUUGAUCGGGAGAAGGUGUAUUGCCACACAAUUCAUGAAUCGUGACUGGCAGUACAGCACUGAUGGGACUCCUGUUCCUAAUCCUGCUGAUGCUGCUCGCGGUCCUCAGCUUUACGACAACCAUAUCUACUUCAACUUUGGUGGCGUCUCAAAGAACCAAACUGAAUAUUCCUACAUGGUCACUAUUUGCAACUACACUCAUAUCGCUCAAGAGGCAUCCAUCAGGAAUGCACCCCUCUACACAGGCGAGUGGGCCAUCAGCACAAGUUGGGAUGCGACGGAUGAGUUCUUGAAGAAAUGGGGAGAUGCGCAAAAAUUGGCAUAUGGCGUAGGGUCAGGUUGGACGUUCUGGACGUGGAAAGUCGAUCCGGAUGCAACGGUUCCCAGGCAGGAUAUGUGGUCCUAUCAAACUGCCCUUAAAAAUGGGUUACUCACGCUGGAUCCUUCUGCUGUUUUCGAUCCCAAUGUUUGUGCCCCAUACAAAUAG